AUGAAGGUAUCCACCGAGAAGGCGUCUCGCUGGACUUGCUCGUGCAUUGACAGUUUCGUGGUUGAAUUCGUUGAGACUGGAAAUUCCGAGCGUCGGCUUUCCCGAGCGCGGGGCGAGUUCAAGUUCCGGUCGGCCUCGGCCUUUCCGGCGAAAUUAACACCGACAGCGCGAGCUACGAAUAACUUCUUGAGCGUGAGAAGGUCCUUCUUCUUUGAAAUAUUCAAGAGAGACCUCGUUUGCGUUGAGUUCUCAUUGUUGUGGCUGGUAUAUCUAUCUCUUUUGACAUCCGAGUCGUCAGCCAUUACAACCCUUCAACAUGGUAAGUUUAGUGCAGACUUUCCAUCUGCUUACCCCCCUGCUGAGAUUCAAACAACACAGGUCUCCCAAGAAGCUCGUCUCCGCGUUGUCAUUGUCGGCGCUGGCCUUAGUGGCAUUGCCACGGCCAUCUCUGCCGCCCUCUCUGGUCACUCCGUCCAGGUCAUCGAGCAAGCACCGGAGCUAGCCGAGGUUGGCGCUGGUCUGCAGAUUACCCCGAAUGCCUCGCGUCUCCUCAAAUACUGGAAGCUCCGGGAUUCACUAUGGGAGGCAGCGGCCGAGCCCACGAAGCUGACCGUCCACCGGUACUCGGGCGAAGUGUUGGCUCACGACGACGCUUUCGAUAAGGGCAUCCAUGCUAAGUAUGAUGAUGCACCCUUUGUUGAUUUGCACCGAGUGGAUCUCCAACAAGGCUUGUAUGCGCGCGCUCAAGACCUGGGCGUGACCUUCCACCUGGGUGAGAGAAUUGAGCGUGUCGACUUUGAUACUACCACCGUCCACUCGGUGGCGGGAAACCAAUACACCGGUGAUCUGAUUGUCGCGGCGGACGGCUUGUGGUCUCAGUGCCGAGAGGCAUUCGAAGGAAGAAAGGAUGAGCCUCUUCCGACGGGUGAUCUGGCGUAUCGGAUUGUCUUGACUUCUGACCAGGUUACUGACCCGACGCUCAAGGCGCUCGUGGAGAACCCCGAGGUGCACUUCUGGGUUGGACCUGGCGCUCAUGCUGUGGGCUACUCUGUCCGAGGAGGAAGCAUGUACAACAUUGUCUUGCUGGUGCCUGAUAAUUUGCCACCGGGUGUCUCAAGACAGGCUGGCUCGGUGGAUGAAAUGAAGGAGCUGUUUGUUGGUUGGGAUCCAAUUCUUACCAAGUUCCUGGACUAUGUCACAACCGGUAGCAUCGACAAGUGGAAGCUGAUGCACCACGGUGAGAUGGAGAAGUGGGUCAAUGACAAGUCGAACCUUGUCUUCAUCGGCGACUCUUGCCACCCUAUGCUUCCCUAUCUGGCACAAGGUGCCAACUCCUCAUUAGAGGACGGUGCCGUUCUCGGCCUCUUGCUGGGACACAUGACGGAUAAGGCCCAGCUGCCACGUAUCCUGCGUCUAUAUGAGAGCCUUCGCAAGUCUCGAGGAGAGGCUAUCGUUCGGGAGACGUUCAAGCAGAGACACGACUUCCACAUGGUGGAUGGUGAAGAGCAGAAGAAGCGUGAUGAGGUUUUCCUCUCGCAGCUUGGCAAGGAGAUUAAGGGAGCUUUCCCCAGUCGAUGGACAUGCCCGGAAGUUCAGCCCUGGCUAUACGGCUACGAUGCCAUCAAGGAGGUCGAGAAGGCUGUGGCUCAGAACCCAGAAGUCUUCGGAAAGCAGACUUCUCGAUCAUCCUGUUCAGUUUUGUAA